UGUCUUUGGGGAGCUCGGGGGGGUCCCCGCCCUCCCCCUGGCUCAGUGGGGUGACCACAGCCGAGUCCUGAAGCAUGCGCAGCUCCUGGGGCACCCCAGGGUGCCUACAGGGAGGGAGCUCACAGCAGCCCCCCAGCACCGGGACCCCCCCCAGGGUGCAGGGCGAGGCAGGGCCCCCCCAGGGGGGCGAGGCGGCGGCAGCGGCGGGCGCUUUGCAGCCGGCCUGGCCCUGCCUCCCCCGGCUUGGCUUUGCACACGAGUCCCCGGCGCUUUCACACGGCCGCCACCGAGGCCACCGGCUGCCACCAGCGCCCGCCACACACCCACCGGGGUCACCGGCCCCGGCCCCGAUGGCGGCCGGCGAGGAGAAGCGGCACCUGCUGACCGAGGGUGCAGCCGGGUCCUACCUGGGGACAGUGCAGGAGGACGGGCACAGCUCGCCGCAGGGCCAGGCGCCCGCCCUGGAGCUGGGCACGCGGCGCCGCCGGCACUGCCACGCGCCGGGGGCCGCCGACCACCCCGGGCAGCAGCAGCGGGCGCGCAGGAAGCUCUACGUGGCCGCCGGCAUCUGCCUCGUCUUCAUGGUGGGGGAAGCCGUGGGCGGGUACCUGGCACACAGCCUGGCCAUCCUGAUGGACGCUGCCCACCUCCUGACGGACUUCGCCAGCGUCAUGAUCAGCCUCUUCGCCCUCUGGGUGUCCUCGCGCCCCGCCACCAAAACCAUGAACUUCGGCUGGCACCGGGCAGAGAUCCUGGGGGCCUUGCUCUCCGUGCUCUCCAUCUGGGUGGUGACGGGCGUCCUGGUGUACCUGGCGGCCCAGCGCCUGCUCUCGGCCGACUACGACAUCGAGGGCGGCGUCAUGCUCAUCACCUCCGCCUGCGCCGUGGCCGUCAACAUCGUGAUGGGGGUGGCUCUGCACCAGACGGGGCACGGGCACAGCCAUGGAGCGCCGGGCGAGCAGCCCAACGCCAGCGUCCGCGCCGCCUUCGUCCACGUCGUGGGGGACCUGCUGCAGAGCGUCGGCGUCCUCGUCGCGUCCUACAUCAUCUUCUUUAAGCCCGAGUACAAGUACGUGGAUCCCAUCUGCACCUUCCUCUUCUCCGCGCUGGUGCUGGGGACAACGCUGACCAUCCUCCGUGACGUCCUCCUCGUCCUCAUGGAAGGCACCCCCAGGGGCAUGGACUUCAACGCCGUGCGGGAGACGCUGCUGGCGGUGGGCGGCGUGGAGGCCGUGCACAGCCUCCACAUCUGGGCGCUGACGGCAGCGCAGCCGCUGCUCUCGGUGCACAUCGCCAUCAACGCGGGCGCCAACGCGCAGGAGGUGCUGGAGGAGGCCAGCUCGCGGCUGCAGCGCGCCUUCCGCUUCCACACCACCACCAUCCAGAUCGAGAGCUACUCCGAGGACAUGCGGGACUGCCGCGAGUGCCAGCCCCCCCGUGACUGAGCCCCCCUGAGUCCCAGUGACCCCGUCCCGCUCCUAUGAACUUUUAACGGGAGGCAAAUAAACCAGAGCAAACGGUGGCCCCGCGGGGGACGGCCGCGCCAACGGAC